CAACACACAGCCAGGUGGUCACCUUUUCUUCCAUGAUGCCUUGAACCGGAGAGGCAGAAGUUCAACAGGCGCACAUUCCCCUCACCCUGCUCAAAAGAAACCUGCUACCCCGACACUGAAGCACACCAAAACCACAGGAAGGGCAUCAGCUCUGCGACGCCGCAGCUACUGCACUUCCAGCAAAGCACUUAUCAGAUCUAAAGAAACCUCCACUCAUUCCCUCCUCGCACAAGUAAAGUUCAGAGCGCCUCAGCUGCACCUCUCCAGUCGCCGCAUGAAAAUUCUUCCCCGGAAGUCCCGCCUUGCUUCGCGGAAGUGAAGCGAAAUCAGGAAGGGGGGAGGGGAAUCAAGCCGGGCAAGAUGGCAGCGCCCAGGAAGCCGUGCUAAGAGAAACGAAGGGCAGGGCGGGCAUAUGGUCCUGGUCUCUGUCCUUCCUACUUCGUGCCCUGCCUCGGGCUCACGCAGGACUCUUUUUCCAGCACCUUCAAGACAAAAGCCAUGCAUCAAGUGCCAUGGAAGUUUUCAUGUUUCUUUAGAGUCAUCAAAGAAAGGGGAGUUACAUUUCAGCAGCUAAACUUCCUCAAGCGAAUGUAUGUUGCACAGCAUAACAAAGCACUCUGCCAGAGAGCAAAGCUGAAGCCAGAAUCAACUGCACCUCCAUUCCUUGAAGGACAGCAUUCAGGUCAGGAAAAAAUGGUUAUCCAUGAAGUGGGAUCUGUUUCACCUCUUCUGCCACCCUUGACUGAGAUGCCAGUGAUCAAUAAAUCUGGAGCACUUAAGUCCACAGCAGUCACUGAAGGUGCAGGAACUGUAAUAGAACCUGCAGCUAAGGAAGAAAAACAGUGGAAAGAGAUGAAACUACAGCUGGAUGAUUUGCCAGGAAUUUUGGCUCGUUUAUCCAAAAUCAAGCUUACAGCCCUGGUUGUAAGUACUGCCUCAGCUGGAUUUGCAAUGGCACCUGUACCAUUUGACCUAACUUGUUUCCUGCUUGCCUCCCUUGGAACAGGCCUGUCAUCAUGUGCUGCUAAUUCCAUCAACCAGUUCUUUGAGGUUCCAUUUGACUCCAAUAUGAACAGAACAAAAAACAGACCCCUGGUGCGAGGACAGAUCAGCCCUCUGCUUGCUGUCUCUUUCGCUGCCUCCUGUGCAUUUCCAGGAAUACUCCUGCUGACCUUCGGAGUAAAUCCUCUUACUGGAGUCCUGGGAGCCUUCAACAUUGUCCUGUACACCUGCUGCUACACACCACUGAAAAGAAUUAGCAUUGUCAAUACAUGGGUAGGAGCUGUGGUUGGUGCCAUUCCCCCAAUCAUGGGCUGGACAGCAGCAACCGGCAGUUUGGAUGCAGGAGCACUGCUGCUGGGAGGGAUUCUGUACUCCUGGCAGUUCCCUCACUUCAAUGCACUGAGCUGGGGGCUCCGUGAAGAUUACUCCCGAGGUGGCUAUUGCAUGAUGUCUGUCACUCACCCAGCAAUGUGCAGACGGGUGGCUCUGCGUCAUUGUUUUGCCUUAAUUGGACUUUCAUCACUGGCUCCUGUCCUUGACGUUACUACGUGGACUUUCCCCAUCAUUUCUCUGCCUAUCAACCUGUACAUUUCCUACCUUGGCUUUCGUUUCUACAGAGAUGCAGACCGUGGCAGCUCCCGGAAGUUGUUUUUUUGCAGCCUGUGGCACUUGCCGCUACUCCUCUUGCUCAUGCUAACAUGCAAGAAAUCUUUGUAUGAAAAGGACAACAAAAAGGAGUCCAUGACCUGAGACCACAUUCGUGUUAAAAAAAAGUCAUGUUGUCUUUGUAAUAACUAUUGGCUUCAGAAGCUCCCAUCCAAAAUGGUGUGUUUCAGUUAUCAUGAAAUGGGGAGGUCUUAUGUUGAUGUGUUCAGAGAGAAUCUUUUCUGCACAGUGAACACUCUCUAUGAUUGUUUUUCAAUUAAAUG